AUGAUAAUCGAUAUUAUUAAUCAAAAUCUAUUAACUAAAGUUAUAUUCACUUUUGAAACACGUAGUCAAUCUAUUUAUGCAUUAAAAUCUAUGAAGAUUUCUUCUUUAUUAAAUAAUGAAAAUAUUCUAGAGAAGUUAAAUUUAACUGAUAUAUUUUCUGAUGAUUUUCUUCUUGUCUUGAAAGAAGCAAAUGAACAAAUUUUAACAAAAGAUGAUCUUAAAAAAUCUAUAGGUAUUUAUUCGACUAUUGAAAAUCAAUCGAUUCAUUUUCAAAUAUUGAUUACAAUACAAAUAACAAAAUACGAUGAUAAAGAACAAAUAAAAUUACAUUUAUCAAAUAGAAAUAUAACUAUGGAACAAUUAUUACAUUUAACAGAAAAAUCAAUCGAUAUUUACAAAUAUUUCGCUAGCAUUGAUACGAAAAGAAUUAUUAAUUCUAAUGAAAUGCUUUCGAAUUUAAAUAAGACUAAAUUUAUUCUUGUUAAAGAGAAUGAAACUUGUCUUGUAUCGAUUAAGAAAUCGAAUGAUUUACAAUUGAUCAAUAUUAAUGAUGAAGAAAAUCAGCAAUAUCAACGAUUUACGAGUUUUUCUACUAUCGCGGAUAUUAAUAAAGAAAUUCGACUUGAUAUUUUACAUCAAUAUCUUCUAUAUUCAAAUGAUUUUGUUCCAUCAAUUAACAUUCAAUUAAUAUCAUUUCAAUCAGAAUCACCAAUUCAGUUUAUCGUAAUCGAUCAAAAUUUACCAGCUACUGUUACUAUACAAAAUAGUGAAGAAAAUAAGUCAAUUCAUUUCAAUUGUAAACUUUCAAUAACAAUAAAACGUCUUCAUGAGAUUGCAUGUCAACUAUUCGGCGUGAAUGCCGAGUUUUAUUGCUUAACUAUGAAAGAUGCUAUAUCAAUCGAUAAUGAUAUCUCUCUAGAAGAUUUUGAAGAAAGCAUGACUGAAUUUCAAUUUCAAAUGAUUUCUACAGCAUCUUUAUAUUGCUCAAUCAGGUAUUAUGAUCAGAACGUUACAUUACCAUGCCGUCAAAGCACACUUAUUACGACCAUAGUUAAAGAGACAUUACAAAAAUUACACGUAUUAGAAGAUAAUAUCAAUAUGUAUGAAUUAAUAGUAUUGAAUGACACUCGUACACAAAUUUAUUUCGAUUUAUCAAUAGGUGAAAUCCUUGAAUUGUUUUCUAUGGAUUUAACGACACUAUCACUUGAAUUAAAAAGAAAAUGA